AUGCAGCCCAUCGUGAAGGAGACAGUAGGCGAGCGGGACAGCUCUGGUGACUCUCUUGACCCCUUUGUAGCAGGUGGAACUUCGCUCCAGGACAUUCUGGAGAAAUUUUGGGAGAAAUUCAGCUCUCAUGUUAAAGGGAGGGCCAUGAAGUCCGAUGGAGUUUGGGCUGUCGAGCAAGCUGCAAUUGACUCUUGGUCCAAGUUCAUGGUGUUCAAGGUGAAGAAGCACAUUGUCGACAGCUCAAAAUCCAACGAGGACUGGAACACUUGGCUUCAAUCAAUGCAUGACAAGACUGCCACGCUUCUUAUCUAUGAUUAUGGCGUCAGCCUCGGGAGAAAACAAGAUCGCCAAGCGUUUUGGAAGGCUGCUGAAGUCACGCUUCGCGAGGUCGUGGGGCGCCACAUACACAGGUGA